UGUUAAUGUUACAUAAAUUAAGAUCACUUAAUGUGAAAUGUCUACUUAGAAAUGUUUCAACUUCAAAGCAGCUUCGUAGCGAGGAGCUUGUUGUGCAUAGAGACGGUCACGAAAAUAACCCAAAAACCCCUUUUGAAUUUAGUGAGGCCAAUUUAAAUCGCUUGUGUGCAAUAAUUCAAAACUACCCCGAGGGAGCACAGCGGUCAGCGUUAGGUGCUGCGUUGGACUUAGUUCAGAGACAAUUUGGCUGGAUUCCGAUAUCGGCCAUGCAUAAAGUAGCAGAGAUUCUAUCAAUUCCAAGAAUGAGAGUUUAUGAAUUUGCGACUUUCUAUUCAAUGUGUAAAAGGCGCAAUAGAGGAAAAUUUAAUGUUAAAGUUUGUGUAACCACACCAUGUAUGAUUCGUGGAUCAGAUGUUAUUUUGCAAGCGGUAGAGGUCGCGACAAAAUGUAAAACAGGAGGACUAUCUGAGGAUGGUACGUUCGGAGUAGAUAUUGUGCAAUGUCAAGGAGCAUGUGCCAAUGCCCCGGUAAUGGUGGUCGACGAUGACUACUACGAAGAUUUAACUCUAGAUAAUGUUUAUGAGAUAAUAAACGCACUUAAAGCUGGAUGUAUACCGCCACAAGGACCUCAGAGCGGAAGAUUCUGUGCCGAGCCGUGUUGUGGCCAAGCAAGCUUAUUGGAACCACCACCGGCGCCUGGAUUUAAGUUACAACCUGCGUUGGUAAAAUAAAAGGAAGGGAUUUAUUCCUAUCUUACAAUUAUUCGUUAUAUUACCAUGUUUUAAAUAAUAGGUUUAUUUUUAAUAUUCAAUUAGUGUAAUUUAAAUAUUUCAUGUGAAAUUAAAAAACAUUUAACUAAAGUAUAAUCAAUUAUUUUGUGGGAAAAUUUAUAACCGUUUUAUGACAGGAAAUUAUAAUUUCUCUGAAAAUACUCGUAGGAAAUGAGGAAGACAAGUUUGUUAAUCCAAAUGACUCCCCAGGGAGGUUACCGAUUAAACAGAAUUAAAUUACGAAGGCGGAUUAAGAAAGUCCAAAAAUAUGUUUAAUUUAAAAAAAAAAUAAUGUAAUAAAAAUUUGAAAUGUUUUGGUGA